GGGAUAGUUGUAGCGAAGAAGACGCGUUCUGAGAGUGCAUAGACGGUGAACUCGAGAAGGUGACAUAGACGGAAAGGUGAAGCAGAGCAGACUACAGGAAGAAGCAAUAUAAGCGGAGAGGUAAAUGCACGAGGCGUCGGAUUGCGGAGGUGGAAAAUUUCUGGGCACUUUUUGUGGUAGAUCGCUCAGAUUGAGGAUGUUAUGGAGGUCGAGGAUGUCAUUUCGACUGGAAUCGCCGAGGUUUAGAACUGUGUGUUCGGAAGCUUGAGGGAUAAAGCAGAUUGCAGUUUUCGUAGUCUGUAGUUGGGGGCACGGAAGCUCAAGUGCCCUCACAUUGCCCGCGUGGAGAGCGUUUGAACUCGGAAACCUAAGGAGGAGCUGUGGCCUUUUUUGCAAUUGACGCGAGGCAAUAAUUUUGGUUUUGCCGGCGUUGGGUCCUCGUUGUUUUUGUGCAGGUCUGUGCUGUUGGUUGAACCCUUCUGAGUUGCGCGAGGCGGGAGAGCCCAUUGGCAGUGCUCUUUAUCCAAAUUCCAAUUUUUCAUCUACCGAAGAACGACAAGUACUGCACACCAUUCGAUGAGAUAUUUUCCACCUUGAAUGCUUGGUUAGAUGCGGGCGUGGUGUCUUUCCGAGAGUAGAGGCGAGACUAAACGGUUAACAGAGGAUCAGGUGAUCGAUAGUCCGGAGUUGUCAGGAGGGCAGCCAUGAGCCCUGUUGAUGUCGGGCAUACACGUUCGAAGGGCCGAAAGCAGCGGCAGAAUGGUGCUUCCGAUGUUUACGGUCAAAUUUUAAGGCGCAUCAACUCAACUCAGCGUAUCGACAAAAAUGACAUCAAUCAGUUGUAUCAUCUGGACAAACCACUGUGUCAAGGGUGCAGAGGAAAUUCCAAGGAUUCUCCAAACUGUUUCUGUGGUCUGGUUCCACCUCUUAAUGGUUCUCGCAAACAAGGGUUAUGGCAGAAAUUGUCAGACACCCUGGACGAACUCGGUCCAGACCCUUCUGAGUCUCUCCGGGCCUCUGAACACUCUCCCUCUGGAUUGACAAAUCUCGGCGCAACUUGCUAUGUGAACAGUGUUCUUCAGUGUCUUUACAUGAACACUUCUUUCCGCAAGGGUGUGUUUGCUGCGGACGAGGACCUCGUCAGGAAACAACCUAUUCUUCAUGAACUCAGUCGUCUGUUUGCGCAAUUGCAUUCCGGGAUAAAAGUUGCUGUUGACUCAGCUCCUUUUGCUAAUACAUUGGAGUUAGACAAUGCGGUACAGCAAGACGGACAAGAAUUCUUGAAAUUGUUGCUGGCGUUGCUAGAAAGAGUGCUUGGGCUGUCAAGAAACCCCACAGCUCGUAAUGUGGUCCAGAACGUGUUCCGUGGAACCUUUUCUUACGUUACAAAAUGCUGCAAAUGCGGUCAAGAAUCAGAGGCAUCCAAGGAUGCUGUCGAUUUUUACGAACUCGAGUUAAAUGUGAAGGGCUUUUCAAGUCUGGAUGAGAGUCUCAAUGAUUACCUCAAUGAAGAGAAUCUGCAAGGAGAGAACCAGUACAUGUGUGAGUCUUGUAAGACUCGUGUUGAUGCGACACACAGCACAAAGCUGCGCUCUCUUCCCCCAGUUCUAAACUUUCAACUCAAACGAUUUGUCUUUAACGCUAAGACAGCCACGAAGAAAAAGGUCACCUCCAAGUUCAGUUUCCCCAGAAGCCUGGAUAUGGGUCCACGCCUCAGUGCGCAAUCAGCGGAUAGGAGUGCUGAUGCAGCUCAUUCAGCAGUCUAUGAUCUUUCCGCAAUAUUAGUGCAUAAGGGAAGUAUGGUCAACAGUGGGCAUUAUGUAGCUCAUAUAAAAGACGAAGAAACAGGGGAAUGGUGGCAAUUUGAUGAUGAAAAAGUCUCGAGUUUGGGUUACCAUCCCCUUGGAGAGGCCUCUGGUGCAGUUUCCAGUAAGGAAACAAGUCCUGGUGAUGCCGAGCAGCUGUCAAGACAAGUAGACACUAGCAGGGAAGGUUCUGGGGAGGAGCAAGUGCCGUUUUUUCUAGGUGCUGAGCCUUCUCCUAUAGCAGAGACUUCUAAAUCGUCGGUGUUAAAUGAUUUGGACGUGCUAACCUCAGCUGAUGCCUACAUGCUCAUGUAUAAGCGCAGGGAGCAGCAAGUAGGCCAGUGGGAUAAUGUCAACUCGUCAGAUUCACGAUCUGUGCAGUCCUCAAGUAGUGACUUGGAUAGAAGAUCAACUCCUGUUCCAGAAUUCACACUUCCUGAUCAAUUUAGAAUAGAAGUGGAAGAUAUGAACCUUGAGUUCAAGAACAUGUGUUGGGAAUAUAUUCAGCGCAAGGAGAAGGAGGUGUCCAAGAUAACAGAACGAAGAGCGGAGGUGCGGAAAGUGCUCGCGGAAGCUCCUGUGAAAAGGCUGGAAGAUCCCUUUUUCUGGAUUUCAAUUGACUGGUUACGGUCCUGGGCAGAUACCGUGGACCAACCGUCUGCUAUACAUAACAGCUUACUGUUGUGUCAACAUCAAAAAGUUUCUCCACGAAAAAUUAACCUAAUGAAGCGAAUAUCUCAAUCAGCCUGGAGUUAUUUAUAUGCCAAGUAUGGAGGAGGCCCUGUCUUGUCUGAAAAUGACCACUGUGAUGACUGCAUCUUCGAGGAUGCGAAAAUUGCUGCAUCAGCUGACAGUUAUCGGGACCAAAGAGCUGACAUGCGAGAACUUGUAGAUAACGUAUUAAGUGGUCGUGGUGAACAUGAAGCUGUCGGGAAUCAAUUCUACGUUUCCAGGACCUGGUUAACGCAGUGGUACCGUCGUAAAGCUGCCGAUGCACCUUGCGAAGCAGAUGCCGGGCCUACAGCAGGCUUGCGUUGUCCUCACGGGGGUUUACUCCCAGAGCAGGCAACUGGCGCAAAACGGCAGCUGGUGCCUGAAAGGGCUUGGGAUUAUUUUCGUAAAAACGCUGUUCAAGUGGAAGGAGCAGAUCCUCGUGGACAUUCCCCCUUCAGUGGAAAUACAGAUUCUUGCAAGAUAUGUCAGUCUGAAAUAGAUAAGGUCGCAUCCAAGCGCGAAGGCCUAAGAGCCACCAAAAUCGAACAGAGGGCGAAGCAUGAAGCUUUGUAUGCUGGAAGAACUGUUGUGGUGUCUCCCGGAGCUGUAUAUUUCUUGGUCCCAUCCGUCUGGCUUAAUCGUUGGAGAUCAUAUUUGGGAGCCAGUGGCAAAAACGUGUUGGCUGUCGAUGAGCCAGAUGGACUGGAGGGGUUCAUCCUGUCUCUGCUCUGUCCAAAGCACGAGGGUAUGUUAUUCAAGCCUCCUACACUGAUCAGGACUCGACGCGGAGAGCUCAUGCAAAGAACCGGGAAUGACGACAUAUUCACAGUUGUCACAGAAGAUGAUUGGCUGGGCCUUUGCCAUCAAUGGGAUGUAGAUCCUCAGAGAGGUAUCAAAGCCUGUCUUGAGAUUGGGUCUGAUAUGAACCACAAGAUAACAAUGGCAGUCUCUGAAAACUACCGCGCAAUCAAUGAUUGCAAUGGAAGCAAGGGUGGACUCAGGGACAUGGCUUUGGCAGACUCUGAUGCGAUCGGAAUAUUUGCUGAUGAUAUAGACUGUAAACCUGAAGUUGUUCCUGUACUUCAAACGCAACCAGAGGUUUGUAAAGAAUGUAUUGAAGAAAGAGAAGUUCACGAGUUGCUAAGCAAGUUGCAUUAUACAUGUGGGGAAAUUUCUGUUGAUCUUGUGCGUGGCAAAGGACCCCCUCCAUCUCUCCUUGCUGCCAGUGGAGUGGUUGAAUCUGAGCGCCGCACUUCAAAGCGUGCUCGUCGUGCAUCUGCAACUUCAGGCGGACGGGUCUUGUUGAAAGUGUCUGGUGAAACCACGGUCUUUCAACUUAAAUUGCAAAUUUGGGAAUCUUUGGCGAUUAUAAGAGAGAACCAAAAAGUGCACUUUGGUAAAACCGAGCUGUUGGAUGAUUCAGCUACAUUGGCUGAUCUCAACAUUCUACCAGGGUCACAAUUGUGGGUUAUGGAUACAGGACAACAUGAGAACCGGGACAUUGCAGAAGAGUUGCCGGCUGCUGAGUUGGGCCGAGCGGAAACCGAGGAGGGUUUCAGAGGAACCCGGUUGUUGAUGGGAUUGCCCAGUAUAUUAGAGUCUCUGUCAGCCUGUAUGCAACAAGUGCCUCAAUCUCUGCCGAACAGGGACAGUAGUGGAGAAGAAAGAAUUGCGCUUGCGAAGGACGCAGAGGCCAUGAGUUCCACAUUACUUGCAGAUGAGUUGAAAGCCCAAGAAGAUGGGGAGGGUGCUGAACAAGGUGGAGCUGUGGAUGGUGCCCGCCUCUCAGAGACAGCGGAUGUUAUAAUGAGUGAGGGAAGGGACAGUGAAGUAGCUUGAUUAAUUCUAAUGUGAGCUGCGUACGCUUACAAUCAAUUGAUCUACAAGAGGGUAAUAUCCUUGUGUGCACAUUUCCUACAAGGGGAAGAUGAGGUGCUUCCUCACAUUUUGAGGGCUCAGCCUGGUUGUGCACUAGGAUUUACGGUUCACUGAGUGGCUGCUAGCGAAGGAGCUCUUAAGUGGAGGCAUGCCCGACCUACCCUUUAUAACGAUUAAACGUAUUGGUGACUUGCCUGUUGUGAAGUCCAAGGGAAUUACACGAGGGACGCGAGUUUUGAGGAGUGUUGAGAGAAGAAGGGCUUCUCCAUCAGUAACUUCCAGGAAUGGUGUAGACCCUCCAGUAUGUCGAACCUUGGCUGAGCAGAGGAGUUCCUCAGUCUCAAAUGUAAAUACUAAGACCACAGGUGUGAGAGAACCUACAAGUUGUAUAUCUGCCAAGGAUAAGCCUUUUUUAUCAGAGGAUGACAUAGAUGUUAAAUGCGUGUGUGUUGCGGAGGCCUCCACUCCAAGUGUUCUUCUGCAGCUGCAGCAAACUUAUGAUAUUGAAAUGGAAGAAAGAUCUGAAGAUGGGGACCGUAGACCUACUCAAAAGGAUAACCCUCAGGAAGUUUUUUGAACCCCGAGAAGACGUGAGAUAGUUCUCUAGUUUGGGCACGGUAGGAAUCCCUAGUCCAGUUCAUAAUUCUAUCACAUUUACGAUGUGAGCUUGUAGAGUCGACCAACCGAAAGGUGGGCUUAACUUGUUCAGCUUCACCUAUCACUUGUAACUUACUCGAGGCUAAAAUUUUGAAAAGGAAUUAUCAAAUGGUUUUAUAUAAGAGGUUUUAC